AUGUCAGCCAAGGAAAGCAACAAUAUUGUCCGCCAAUUCGCCUCGGUACAGAAGAGGGCGGCAGUAAUAAUGGGGGGAGCGUUCCGGACAACCGCAAUGGCGGCAUUGAAUGUGGAGCUCUAUCUGCCACCAAUGAAGGUGCAGAUGGAACGAAUGGUCAGAGAGACCGCAGUUAGAAUCCGCAUCGGACCAGCCCACGGGCUGGACGGCAUCCUCAACAGCCGACGGGAAGAUGAACGCACCGUUAGGGGGGUGGACCCUCUUGGAGGUGCAAGCCAGGAAGAGGGAUGGAUGCCCACUAGCUCCCCCAGAAUCUUUGGCCGGAGCAUGGGAGAGCCGGUGUGCAUUUAUCCGGGCACCAUGGCAAGCGCCUUCAGAAGUGGUCAUCCAUGA